GGGUCUAUCUGUCACAGGAGCGUCUCACCAAUUUACAGAACCUAGUCAGGGGGGUAACCAAGAGACGUCUUAUUCCUUUAAAGACCCUUUCCCAACUCUUGGGGAAACUGGUCUCCUGCAUCGGCAUUGUACCUUGGGCUCGUCUCCACUGCAGGACACUGCAGUGGUUUCUACUCCCCUAUCAAAAGGCACACACAGCUACGUCACCAAUUCUUGUCCAACUUCCACAACAAGUCAGGCACUCCCUUCUAUGGUGGAUCUCCCCAGCCCUGUCAAAGGGCAGAGAGUUCAGGGAACCCCAACGCCUAAUCUUGACAACAGAUGCCAGUCUUCAUGGCUGGGGCGCCCAUCUGGGAUCAAACAUGGCUCAGUGUCAGUGGUCCCCAGGGGACCUGACCCACAACAUAAACUGGUUAGAACUCAGGGCCAUUCAUCUGGCCUUACUAUCGUUCCAGGACAUUGUUCUCAAUCAAAACAUUCUAAUUUUAACGGACAAUGUGGCCGCAAAGGCUCAUGUGAACCGCCUGGGGGGAACCCACUCUCAGCCUCUCUUGCAAGAGGCAGUGCAACUGGGUCUCUGGGCGGAGGCUCACCUGAGGUCCAUACGGGCCUCUCAUAUAUCAGGGGUGGCAAACACACAGGCCGACUGGCUCAGCCGAGUCUCAGUCGACCAGGGGGAGUGGCGGCUGAAUCCGGAUAUGUUCCUCGAGAUCACACUCCGCUUUGGGAACCCGCUGGUAGACCUCUUUGCCACUCGAGACAAUCGUCAACUGGAUUGGUUCUUCUCAAGGUACCCGGUCCAGGGGGCGGAGGGCAUAGACGCCCUGCGCAGCCCUUGGCCCCCCGGCCUCCUUUAUGCCUUCCCUCCCAUUCCAACAAUACCCAAGGUUAUCAGGAAGAUGCUGAGGGAACAGGCGGAACUCAUCUUGCUGGCUCCACACUGGCCUCGGCGCCCGUGGUUUGCGGACCUGGUGGCUCUCUCAGUGGUUCCCCCGUGGAAACUUCCUCAGACCAAGAUCUCGCUCAGCCAAGGGCAGCUGACUCAUCCGGACCCUCAGUGGUUCAAGCUGACCGCCUGGCGCUUGAGCGGAGUCUCCUGAGGAAGAGACAUGUACCUGCCAACGUCGCCAACACCAUCCAGGCGUCUCGUCGUAGUUCCACCAUUCGCAUCUACGGCUCAACGUGGCGCACCUUCUACACCUGGUGUUCAAGCAAGAACAUAGACCCUACCACCGCUUCUACGGUCAUUAUCCUGAUCUUCCUUCAACACGGAUUGGAACAAGGUCUGGCAGCGAACACGCUUCGACGACAGUUCCUGUUUUACAGCUCAGUGCGUCGGUCUGCCGCAUCAUCCUCGUCCGAAAGCUGGAAGGCACCAGGAGGAGGAGGUGCUUUUCAACUAGCAGACUCGAUCCCAUUGGAUACAGACCGAGUCACUCCCAUGCCUGGCUGCUGGUCCCGCCAACAGAGAAAGGACAUU